CGACCAGGCCUGGGCGUCGGCGCGCCGCCGAGGCAUCCGUCGCAGUGGCGGCCGGGCCACAUGCGCCCCCUCUCCGCGCCGAACAACGAUGCGCAGCCGAUGUCGGACUUUGCGAGGGACUUUUAUGCGGCUGGCGCGGGGGCUCCGGGUACGGGUGCGGGUGCGGGUGAGACGAUGACAGCGUCGAGCUCGAAUCCGAACUUGCCGUCGUCGAGCGGUCCGACGCCAGACGACGGCAAACCGACGGAGACGCCGACGCCUGGCCAUCCGCUCUUGCGGCACGGACGGGUGCUGGUGUACCCAUCUGGGUACGAAUGCAACAAAUGCCAUAAUACAGGCUACCAGAGCAACGACCCCUCCAUGCCCUGCCUCAAAUGCUGGGAGCGAUACAGCUCCCCAUUCACCGGCCCGAUCGUCUACAUGCCCUGGAACGCAUCCGCCUCGCACGACGGCGCACGCAACACCUACCAACGCCCCCUCCCGCGCUUCACCCCGCCCCAACGCGCCACCUCGCUCGGCCGCACACGCGGCUAUCCCGGAGCCGCGUCGCGCAUGCAGAUGGCUGGCAGAAGCCAGUUCCUCGAACCCUUGCCGCGCCCGUUGCUGGGACGGCCGCCGUCGAAUGUCCGUGUGGCGCAGAGGCCCCCGCCGGGCGCGGCGGUUGUGCAGCCGGGCGAUCCGCGCAUCGGUGGCCGGGUGUGUCGGCAGUGUGGGGGGACGGGCGUGAUGACGUUCUUGAUAUUUGAGGAUACGUGCCCGGUUUGCAAUGGCAUCGGACGGACGUUUGACUGAUGGAUAUAUAAUCGAUCUAAUGCUCGUAUUUCUACGUACUAUGAUUUAGUACUCUGCAGAGCUAAUGGAAAAACAAGUGAGCGCACCAUCAUUUCGGCAUU